AUGGCAGAACAGGCGAUCACACAGGGUGCUAUCAAGAGCAUCUUUGAGCCCAGCGGUUGCUUCGUGGAGCACCCGGUCUUGCAAUGCGUGCAAAUAAAGACGAUGGAGCCAAAGGCUGGCGACGCGAACCCGGUGCAGCGCUUCCGUGUUGUUUUGAGUGAUGUCCGCAACUUCAUCCAGACAAUGAUCGCGACCACUGCGAACGAGAUUGUUACCUCUGGCAGGCUCAAGAAGGGUUCAAUAGUACGCCUGCUGAAGUACAACCCCCAGCAGGUCAAGGACAAGAACAUCCUGAUCAUCAUGGAGCUCGAUGUCCUCGAGCAAUACGGCGAGCUCGAAAAGAUCGGUCAGCCCGAGGCACUCGACACAAAGCCCAAGCAACAGCCUGCUGCCAUUUCAGGCAAUAACUUCUACGGCAACAAGCCUGCACCCGCACCCGCACCCGCACCCCAGCAACAGCAAAGGUCGCUUCCCGUGCACCAGAGCAACCCGAGCACAUCCACACAUCCCCACUUAUACCCGAUCGAGUCUCUCUCCCCUUACGCGCACAAGUGGACAAUCCGUGCCCGAUGCACACACAAAGGUGAGAUGAAGGAGUGGCACAACGCCAAGGGCACCGGCAAGCUUUUUAGUGUGAACCUGCUGGACGACACCGGCGAGAUCCGUGCAACAGCCUUCACUGAAGUCGCGGAGAGGCUGUAUCCAAUCUUCGAGGAAGGUGUGGUAUACUACAUCUCCGCACCCUGCAGAGUCACACUCGCAAAGAAGCAGUUCUCGAACCUGCCAAACGAUUAUGAACUGCAAUUCGAGCGCGACACUGAAGUCGAGAAGGCAGAAGACCAGGACAACAAGCCCCAGAUUCGUUUCAACUUCACCAAGAUUGGUGAGCUCAACUCUGUCGAGAAAGACACCACUAUCGAUACCAUUGGUGUACUCAAGGAGGUUGGUGAGGUGACUACGAUAACGUCGAAGAACACCAACAAAGAUUUCUCCAAGCGAGAACUGACUCUCGCUGAUGACAGUCAAACGUCAGUGCGACUCACAAUCUGGGGCAAGACAGCAGAGAGCUUCGAAGCCCCACUCGAGUCGAUCGUUGCUUUCAAGGGCGUCAAGGUCUCCGAUUUUGGUGGCCGAAGUCUGAGUCUUCUAAGCUCUGGCUCCAUGAUGCUUGAUCCCGACAUCGAUGAGGCACAUAAGCUGCGAGGGUGGUUCAAUGCUGUCGGCCAGAACGCAACCUUCUCCACCCAUCAGAGUCUGGCACCAGCUUCUGGCGGCUCAAAGAACGACAGCAAGAUCAUCUCUCAAGUCAUCGAAGAAGAGGGCUACCUCCAAGACACACCAACAUAUAUGAGCAUACGAGCUUCUGUUGUGUACGUAAAGAACACGACUGUCGCAUACCCUGCAUGCUCAACACCAAACUGCAACAAGAAAGUCAUCGAGGAGAAUCCUGGUUCCUGGUGGUGUGAGAAGUGUCAGACAUCGUUCCCGGAACCAACAUACCGCUAUGUACUCAGCGUCAACGUUGCAGACCACACUGGCACACUGUGGUUGAGCUGCUUUGACGAAGCCGCACAGUUGAUUGUUGGGAUGUCCGCCAACGAAGUGAUGAAGAUCAAAGAGGCAGACGAGGAAAACAAUACCACAGGGAACUUCCUGAACAUCAUGCAAGACGCUACCUGCAAGACCUUCAAUUUCAGAGUUCGGGCGAAGAUGGAGACAUACCAGGACCAGCCCAAGCCUCGUUACCAAGUGCUAAACAUCUACCCACUCAACUACGCCCAGGAGGCCAACAAGCUCGCACAACUCAUCAAGCAGUACGACAUGGACGACAACAGCCUGUUCGUGAACUAG